UUCUCAGCACCACAUAAACAAAAAUAAAGAUAUUGUGUCCACCUAAAACUAAAAAAUGAAUAUUUUUUUAAAAAGAAGCAGUUAUUAACUUUUUUUGAUAUGAUAAAGGUAUUGGCUUUGCAAGGAAAUUGCUUUUUAGAGGUAGAUGCUGAAGUAUUGGGGAUGAAAUGUCAUGAUUUGUCUACUUUUAAAGGCUUCUGGCCAAUAGAAGUGAAUAAAUAAGUAGUAUGAUGAAGGGCAUGUCAUGGGUAGGGGCAGGCACCAGUGCCUGCUACAAAAUGCAACUUAAGAGAGGCCUCCCAAGGUCCAAUAGAGCCCUCUGUCCUCCCCAUCUAGCACUACCUCCAGCUACACUGCAGCCACACAGCACUUUUCCAGGUUCUUUCAACCCAUCUGGGAGACUUUGCAUGGUUCCUUCCUGCCUGGCAUACUAUCUUGUUCACACUUUUUGUGCCCAAGGCUGUGACAGCCAGACUUUAGCGUUGUGAAUCCGACGUAGCCUAAAUGUCUCUGCAAAGCAACCUUCCCCCACAGGAGUCAGAACUAUCCGAAGUGGGUUCAACUUCUGGGCGUCUGGUUUUUGUUGCUUCACUGCCCUUUCCGCCCAGCAGGCAGUGACGAUGUUUUUGUUUGUGUUAUGAUGGACACUUAAAGCCAUCACUGGGUCCCCAGGGCCUACGUUUAUGGUGCACCUGAGCAUCCUGCGCACAGCUGCAGGUGGCUUUGCAUUGGGACGUCACUGUUUCCUGCUGGGGGUGCUGAUUCUGCUCGGGACUAGCCGACCACUUCCCCCAACUGCACACACCGUUGCAACUCAGGACUCCAGACUUGACCCCAUUUCCUGCUGGCGUCGGGCAGCGGGAAGACAGGUUUUUCCUCCACCACUCGGCCAGGUUACUGUCUCUAAGGUUGUCCCAUAUCCAGGAAUCCCCCAGCUUGAGGGGGGCCCAUCUCAGUCUGUGCGAUCUCCCCGAGGAACUACACUUCCCAGCAAGCGCCAGCGGGGCAACCACGACUCCCAGAGUUCCUUUAGGCUCUGGCAUUAACCCCUCGGUGACUGCACGGUGACUGCACAGUGCCUGCGAUCCGCACUGAGCGCAGGUAGAGGCGUGGAGACUCGGUGAGAUUCUUUCAGACUGUGGAAGGCCGCAAGAAAAAAGACAAGGUGGGGGGGAGGGAGAUACUAUCUCUGGUACAUUGGAGAGGACUUCCCUCAAGUGUCCCAAUGGAAGAGACUGCUGGGAAAAAGACCUGGAGAUGAGAAGAGCAGUGUGCUUGGAGCAAGGCACAGCCACUCCCACAGAAUGCCGGAGGGCCCUGAGCUGCAUCUGGCCAGUCACUUUGUGAAUGAAGCAUGCAGAGGGCUGGUGUUUGGUGGAUGUGUGGAGAAGUCUUCUGUCAGCCGCAACCCUGAGGUGCCCUUUGAGAGCAGUGCCUAUCAUAUUUCCGCCUCAGCCCGGGGCAAAGAGCUGCGCCUGACACUGAGUCCCCUGCCUGGGGCCCAGCCCCCACAGGAGCCGCUGGCCCUCAUCUUCCGCUUUGGCAUGUCUGGCUCCUUCCAGUUGGCACCUGCUGAUGCACUGCCACCCCAUGCCCAUCUGCGCUUUUACACAGCUCCACCUGCUCCACGGCUGGCUCUGUGCUUCGUGGAUAUCCGCCGAUUUGGCCACUGGGACCCUGGAGGCAAGUGGCAGCCAGGUCGUGGGCCCUGUGUCUUGCUGGAAUAUGAACAGUUCAGGGAGAAUGUGCUACGAAACCUAUCAGACAAGGCCUUUGACCGGCCCAUCUGCGAGGCCCUCCUGGACCAGAGGUUCUUCAAUGGCAUUGGCAACUAUCUGCGGGCAGAGAUCCUGUACCGGCUGAGGAUCCCUCCCUUUGAGAAGGCCCGCACUGUGCUAGAGGCCCUGCAGCACCACCGGCCGAGUCCAGAGAUGACCCUGAGCCAGAAGAUCAGGGCCAAGCUGCAAAACCCAGACCUACUGGAACUGUGCCACUCAGUGCCAAAGGAAGUUGUUCAGCUGGGGGGCAAAGGCUACGGGCCAGAGCACGGGGAGGAAGACUUUGCUGCCUUUCGAGCCUGGCUGAGGUGCUAUGGCAUGCCAGGCAUGAGUUCCCUGCGGGAUCGGCAUGGCCGUACCAUCUGGUUCCAGGGUGAUCCUGGACCUCUGGCACCCAAAGGGGGCAAAUCCCGAAAAAAGAAAUCCCAGGAAACACAGCUUCAGCCCAAGGAAAAAUUGGAGGACCUUCCACCUCCAAACAAGGCCCCUUCCAGAACACCAAGGGCCAGGAGACACCUUCCCAAGAAGACUGCAAUACAGCAGCCUGAAGGGACCAGCCUCCAACAGGACUUGAAAGCUCCCACAGUCCCUGAGAAAGGGAGGAGGAAGGGGAAACAGGCAACCACAGGUGGACUUUCUUCAGCAUCCUCUGGGGAGGGAAGGGGGCCCCUAGAAAGUGUCUCUUCAGGAUCCAAUGGGAUGGCAAUGCAGGAGUAUGCAAACAGAGAUGGACGCCACUGGGACCAGCCUGGCCUGCUGGUCUGAGCCAACUGUUUCAUCUGUUCUUCCCGCAGAGUGCCAUGGACCCUGGAAAAAUAAGGCUGACAAUCCAUCCAAGGGAUCUUGCCCCUUAGCAAGAGACUUGUGUUGCUUGCAUCAGCCUUUCCUUGCCAAUAAUCCGGAGGCCCAUCUGAAUUCCUAAGUAUUUUAAGGGCUUUAUGUCCCAAGCCUGUGGCUGUUCCCUACACAACUGAUAUUUUUCAUUGUACCUCACCUUCCACAUUUAAUUUUUUUGUUGUUGUUGUUAUAGAUGGACACAAAUAAAUACAUUAUUAUUUUUUUAAA